AUGAACUCCAUAGUAACAGCUACAAAUUUCCAAAAAUUUAAGAUUGGUUGGUUUGCCCAUCCCAUCUACAUCGGCGACUAUCCCCAAGUGAUGAUCGACAGAAUUGGCCAGCUGUCUGAACAACAAGGUCUUUGCGAAUCAAGACUACCCACAUUUACCAGAAAAGAAAUCCAAUGGAUUAAAGACACCCAUGAUUUCUACGCUCUCUGCUAUUUUCGUACUGUAGCAGUCGCAGCUGCAAGCGAUGAAAGCUGCUUAUCGCCAUCAUUCUCUGCCGACUCUGGUGCAGUGAUUACAGGACCAAUUGUAGGUGAUGACACAUGGGGAAUUAAAAAUAUAAUUAUUUGGGUCAAGAACCAGUAUCUCAAUCCUUCCAUAUUCAUCAUUAACAAUGGUUAUACAGCAACCAAUCGUACAUUAGAAGAUUACGAUAGAAUUGAGUUUAUUAAGAACACAUUAAGAAAUAUCAGAUCAGCGAUGAUUAAUCAUGAUGCAAGAGUAUACGGUUACACAUAUCACUCAUACAUUGAUGGAUUUGAAUGGCAAUUUGGAUACACAUUGAAAUUUGGAUUAUAUGACGUGGUUGACAAUCAAGCUAAGACAAGAACUGCUAGAAGAUCCGCAGAAUAUUAUCAGCACGUUUGUAAAUACGGAUGUAUAGAUGAAAAUUGCCCACCUCGACAUCAUCAUCAGUAUUAUUUGGAUCAUUAA